AUGCCACCCAAGAACAAGAAAAAAGAAGUUGUCCAGGACGAGCGAUUCCAAGCGAUUGUGCUCACGGACCUGUUUGAAACCCGCUUUCUGCCUCUCACGGCGCGCACGCCCCGCUGUCUUCUUCCCUUGGCCAACGUGCCUUUGAUCGAGUACACCUUGGCGUUUUUGGCCAAAACAGGCGUCAACGAGGUGUACCUCAUGUGCUCGGCGCAUGCCGACCAGAUCCAGCAGUACAUUGAGCAGCUGAAGUGGGCACGCAACUCGGCGUUUGCCGUUUCCACCAUCAACAGCGCCGAGUCGCGGUCAGUGGGAGAUGCCAUGCGAGACUUGGACAAUCGAGGAAUCGUUUCGGGCGACUUUCUUCUCGUCAGCGGCGACGUGGUCACCAACGUCGACUUUGCGCGGGCGUUGCAGUUCCACCGCGGCAAGCGGGCGGCGGACAAGGACCACAUUGUGACCAUGGUGCUUUCUGCGGCCAGCCCAAACCACCGCACGCGGUCGCAGGUGGACCCAGCCGUGUUUGUGUUGGACAAGGCGAGCCACCGGUGCCACUACUACGAGGACAUUGCGCCGCGCAACGCUCCAGGAGGCAGCGUGGCCAUCGAGCCAGAGCUUUUGGAGAAUAUGGCGGGCGAGCUCGAGGUGCGCAACGACUUGAUCGACUGCCACAUUGACAUCUGCCUGCCGCACGUGCCGCAGAUCUUCCAGGAGAACUUUGACUACCAGAGUCUCCGUGGCGACUUUGUGCGCGGGGUCUUGACCUCCGACUUGGUGAGGAAAAGCAUCUACGCCUACAUCACAAGCGAAUACGCGGCCCGUGUCGAGCUGUGGGCCACGUACGCGGCUGUGUCUCAGGAUGUUCUUGCCCGCUGGGCCCAUCCGCUCGUGCCCGACUCGAACUUGGCCGGCGGCUCCUACGAACAUGGCGUGGGCCACGUUUACAAAGAACAGCCUGUGGUGCUUGCACAGCUGUGCACAGUGGGCAGCAGCACAUGUGUCGGCGCAGGAACCAACGUCGGCGCAGGCUCCACGAUCCGUCGGUCCGUUGUUGGCCGCCGGUGCCGCGUGGGAUCCGACGUGAAAAUCUCGAACUCGUACAUUUGGGACGAUGCGGUGAUCGAGGACGGCGCCGAGGUCAGUGGUGCCGUGGUCGCAUCUGGCGCGACUGUGGGCCACGGCGCACGCCUCUUGCCUGGAUCCGUGGUGGACUUUGGCGAGACGGUCUCAGCCGGUGAAACUCGCAGCGCCGAGACCGGUGGAGCGCCGCCGGCGUUCUACUUACAGGGCAACGGUUCGGACGAGCUGAUUGCGCUGGUUUCGCGCAGAAGACGCCGCAGCUCGCGCAGACGCCGCAUGUCGUCGGCAUCGACAGACUUCUCAGACGACGAAGAUUUUGCCACAGAGGCGGUGGCCACAGUGGAGCGGGCCAUGGAACACAACCAUGACAUGGACACGGCGUUGUUGGAACUCAACACCUUGCGUAUGUCGAUGAAUGUGACGUACCACGAGGUCAGAGCUGCUACGGUCGAGGCUAUGGUGCGGCGCGUGGCUCAUUUCGAGUCGACUGCUACAUUGGGCGCUCGUGAUGCUGCGAGCAAGGUAUUUGGCGAGUGGGGUGGCUUGUUCCGGCGCCAGGUCUUCUCUGCGUCGGAGCAGGACGACUUGGCGGAGCUUUUGGAGACGGCCUGUGCUCCGUUGGCCAGCGGCGCCGUAGUGUUGUUUGUGGCGCUUCGGCAGUUGUACGAAUUGGACAUUGUGGAGGAGGAGAGCAUUUUGCGUUGGUGGACAGCGGCGGAACGUGACAGACCACAGUUUGCACAGGUACGGACCUUGGCAGGCCAGUUUGUGGAGUGGUUGCGUGAUGCCGAGGAGGAGAGUGACAGCGACUAA